AUGGCGGGGGGGUGGGGGAGCAGGGUCUAUGGGGGCGGUGCUGUAUGGCGGGGGGGAUGUUGUCCGUUACGCCGCGCCCAUCACCGCGGUCCAGUAGCGAGGGAGCCGGCUCAUUUCAUUGCCCUGAGAAAAAGCCCUUCUUCAGGGGAAGCAGCAGAAACUGCUCACUUGGUGGCACAGGCUGCAGUUGCCUCUAAACAAUCAGAGCACAAGGAUCUGUCUGAGAAGUAUUUUCAAGAGAGCAUAAAUGCUUUUAAAGAAGCUGAAGGGAUGGAGAGUGCUAAAUGCCUCGGAGCUGUGGAUGAUUUCUGUCAGUUUCUUAUAGCCACUGGACAACAGGAGAGAGCACCAAUAAUGCUGAAAGGAUCAUUAGAAGCUAAAAUAUCCCUAUUUGGGUAUCUCAGCCUGGAAGUAGCAGAGACAUACUGGCUCCUAGGAGGAACAGAACUGGCACAAGGACACACACAUUUGGCAUACAAGAAACUUAAGAAGUGCCUGUACCUUCAGACCCUCUUAUUUGGCAGCCACAACAAAAGGACUGUAGCAACCCAGGAGGUCAUUGACUUGUCAAAAUGAAAUCACAGAACUGGAAGGGACCUCGAGAGGCGAUCUAGUCCAGUCCCCUGCACUCAAGGCAGGACUAAGUAUUAUGUUAUACUGCGUCCUCAUUCCGUUUUGGAAAUGCC